GGCCGUCCAUGUAAUGAGUGUAAGUCGAAACUGGGGUCCAAUCUUGGGGGGGGGGGUAUGGCACCCACUUGGUACCCGAACCCUUCAAUGCUGACCUCUCGGUGACACUUUCUCUCCCCUGAGCAGCUGAAUGGUGUCCGAGUCAGGGUCCACCAGCUCUGAACCCCGCAAUCGGGAACGGCUCCGUACCUCGUAUAGCACGUCUGGGAUGUCAACUGAAUUCAACCAAGUCGAUUGACCUGUACCAGGAAUUGGUGCUGCUAUUCUUCAGUUAUACAUCGACAUUGUCUGAUGUGAAAACCUCAAUCGCCAAGUGGCUGCCUUGAUUGUACGCUGUCUAUCUGCAGAUCAGCCGAGCGUCGUCGUGGCUGAAGCGAGCGCAGAUCAGGCGUUAUACGGACCGCGCCUACGUCACAGCGAAGCUCCCUGCUCAUUACCGCAGCCGCAGCUCCUCCACAGCAACAGACACGCAAACGGGCUCAGCCACCAGGAUAAUAAUAAAGAGAGCAGGCAGCACAAGCUCCAUCCGCCAACACUGUACGGGGUACCUCGCCCCAGAUCAACAGCUGACGAACCUUCCUCCCUUCCACUCCCUCACAAACCACCAAUUCCAUCAACACAGCCAGUCAGCCAUCAGCCAUGGAGACAUUCGGAUCUCUCAAGCGUCGGACCACCGACCUCAUGAACCAAGCCCAAGGUUCGGUGGGCAACAUCCCCAGACCAACACUCCCCGCCAUGCCGGCCAUGCCAGCCAUGCCAUCAAUGCCAGCCAUGCCCGCGAUGCCCGCCAACUUCCCCAACCUAUCCGAGCUCUCCUCCAGGCUGCCAAAGAUGCCACCCUUCCCGUACGGGGCCGCACACCCCGCCACGCCGACACAAAAGGCAACCUGGGAACGCAUCGACGUGCCCCCGAUGCCACGAUCAUCCCACUCGGUCAACGUUGUCGGCGGCAGCGCCUAUAUAUUCGGUGGUGAGAUCCGGCCGCGCGAGCCCGUCGACAACGACAUGCAUAUCAUCACCCUGCCCUUCAGCAGCGCCGGCGCCGACUACUACGCCGUUAAGCCCAAGGCAGCCCCCAAGCAAGAGGUUCCACAGGUCCCAACCGUCAUUGCCCCCAGCGACGACGGCAAGGACGACGACUCCAAGGAGAAAGAACUGGCUGACGUCCCCCUCGCCUCCCCGCCCGAGGUUUCCGACGACGUCGUGACUGGCUCAGAGAACAUCGCAGACGGGCCGACCCCCAGUAGCUCCAAGGGCAAGGGCCCCGCCACAGACAUCGACCGCUCAUCCCUGGGCGACGUGCCAUGCCCCCGAGUGGGACACGCCACAGCCGUCAUUGGCAACCGCAUCUUCCUCUUUGGUGGCCGCGGCGGCCCGGACAUGGCUCCACUGGCGGAGCACGGCCGGGUGUGGGUGUUCGACACCAAGACGCACCUGUGGAGCUACCUCGACCCGCUCCUGCCAGCGGCGGGGCCCAUCUCCCCGGCAUUCGCCGACAAGAGGCACUUCUACCCCGCGGCGCGCAGCUACCACUCGGCGGUGGGGGUCGAGCAGCCGCGGGACUUUUCCACGAGGAGGGACAACGCGAAGGCCGCGACGUGGGCCGAGUGGGCGCAGGAGGGCGAGAAGGCCGUGGGCCAGGUCGCCAACAGCAGCCGGGACGAGGACGACGACGGGUACGGCACGCUGAUCGUGCACGGCGGGUGCUUCGCCGAGGGCAGGGCCAACGACACGUGGGCGUUCGACGUGCGCUCGCGCGUGUGGCAGGAGCUGCCCUCGGCGCCGGGCAAGCCGCGCGGCGGCACGAGCCUCGGCGUCGCGGGGAGCAGGCUCUGGCGGUUCGGCGGGUUCAACGGCGAGGGCGAGGAGGGCGGCCAGCUCGACUACCUCGAGCUGGGCGUCGACUCCUUCGAGAACGUCAGCAGCGAGAGCGACGUCGUCCUCAGCGCCAGGGGCCAGUGGAAGAGCAUCUUCCCCGAGCUCGCCGACAGCCCCGCCGCGCCGCUCGUCGCCGCCGCCGAGGAGAACGCGGCGGCCGGCGAGGUCAAGGACGAGGAGGCCGCCAGCGCGGCCCCCAAGGCGGCACCGACUAACCCGCACUGGCCCGGCAACCGCAGCGUCGCGGGCAUGCAGACCGUAACCAUCGGCGGCGUCGGCGGCAGGGAGUACCUGAUCCUGCUGCUCGGCGAGCGGGACCCCAGCGACUCGGGCCACGAGGCCGCCGGCAAGUUCUGGGACGACAUCUGGGCGUACGAGCUGCCCCGGCCCAGCGCCGCCUCCUCGGUCAUGAGCAUCUUCAACAGGGGCAGGAGCGGCAGCAAGGGCCAGGAGAGGCCCGUCGAGGGCAAGUGGUUCCGCGUCGAGACGGAGGCGUACGACGACGAGGACGACGACGCCGCCGCCGUCGCGCAGGGCCCCGGCCCCAGGGGCUGGUUCGCCACCGCGCACAUGGGCCAGCUCGAGGAGAGGGGGAUUGUCGUGUGGGGCGGCCUGGACGGCGCGAACAAGAGGCUGGGGGACGGCUGGAUCCUGAGGCUGGGAGCGGAGAAGAGGGAGCCUUAGAAUGGGGCGAGGCUUGGGGGUUAUGCUGUAACAUUCGUUCAUGUGUUUUCACAAUUCGGUCGAGCCUCACCGCCGGUGGGAGAUCAUCGUGCAGCGCCCAGCUGGCCGGUUUGGUAGAACACGCGCGCCCCGCCACUGCCGGCGCCGUGGGAAGGAUAGUAGUAGUAGGCGGGUUCUCACUGUACUUGCCUAUUUGUCUUGUCUGGCUGCUUUGUUUGUACAGCAGGUUUCCUAUUUUGUGAUGCUGCGUUAACGAGACUGAGCAUGUUGAGCAUAGUCCCUCCAAUAGACUGCUUCACUCCCUCAA